GAGUGAAGCGUCUUUCUGGGCGGAGACGAUCUUUUUCAAACAUGGCAGCUCGCAUGUGAAUGUCAUGCCAUCUUAAUUUACUCCCUGAAUCGGUUCAUGUUUGGCUACGAUUAGUGAUGCGUUAAUGCUGACUUCUUGCGGAAUUGUGUUAUAGUCACCGCAGAGACCUAAGGCUUGGGGAAAACCUUAAUAACAUUCUUGAUUCAUUAGCGGAUCAGCUCUGGAUGUUAGCAUUUUAGCUUACCAGCAGUCAACUUAAGACGUGAUCACGAUGGAGCCUGAAAAUCAACUAAGAAAUUUGCGGGACUUCCUUUUGGUUUACAACCGCAUGACUGAAGUCUGCUUCCAGAGAUGCAGCAGCAACUUCAACUACAGAAGCCUGACCAUGGACGAGGAGCGGUGUGUGGACAACUGUGCAGGGAAGCUGAUUCGCUCCAACCACCGUCUGAUGGGCAGCUAUGUGCAGCUGAUGCCUCGGAUGAUGCAGCGUCGGGUGGAUGAGAUGGAGAGCAAGGCGGCAGAAAAUGCCAAGGCUGCAGAAGCAGCUGCUUCUGCAAAUGUAGAGCCACCUGUCACAGAGGCCCCUGCAGCAUCUCAAACCCCAAUCACCUUAUCUCCACCCCCACAAGUACCCUCAUUGUUGGAUCAACCUUUUACCUCAAUGACGAUCAAUGACGUUGGAACAGAGGCCCAAGGCUCAAUCUUAAAGCCAGCAGGAUUGGAUAUCCCAAAUGAGUUUGACACUGCUUUGCCCAAAUCUAUAACAUCAACAGAUGUCAAAUUAUCAGCUGCAUCACCAUUCACACCUGCGAUUGAGACCGUGAAUCUACCAGUGCCUAGUGAAGCUGGCAAUGGACCGUCUUACAUAGCAAGCUUUCCCCCGCCGCCAAUAGCUAGUCCCCAAUUUGAGUCUCAGAUCUCAGCACCUGUGUUUAUGCCAUCUAAACCAAUAUCCUUAUCAGAAGAAGUUCCCAUACCAACAGUUGCUGCUCCUACAGUCUCUAAAUCUAUUGAGAGCCCAGUAAGAGCCCCAGAGCUUCCCCCACCAUCAAGCCCUUAAUGAUGAUGGUCGGUCUGGGUCACACUGUUAGGAACAUGACUAUCAUGAUGGGUACCUCUCGCUGGCAAUCCUAAAUGCGAUAUUCUCCAUAUUGCUGAAAAGAAUAGUUUAUUAUUAGUUGUACAUAAGUUAUUAACUAUAUAAAAAUGGUUAUAUAUUAUAUCAUCCUUACAUAUAACACGGUCUGGUUACAGUCAUAUUUUGUUCACAAUUUAAAUGGAGUUGAAGAUCUCACAAGAAUUGAACAGGAGUUAUGUUUUGACUUUUUAUAUAUAUAUAUGAAAAAGCUUAACUACCCUGCACUCUACCAGGAGAAACCUGUAAACCCCUAUGGAGAAAAAAACCUAUUCACUUGUGAUUAUUUAAAUGUGCAAACAACAACAACUAAUAUGCAGACCUUAUAAAUCCUUGGUGUUGGUGCUGUUAUGGUAAUUUAAAAAAGGAAGUUGCUGUAGCAGUGUAUAUGAGUGUAGGUGUGUGCAGGACAGUUAAAAAAUGAUUGAAAUAAUGGCAGUGAUUUUGCCAUUUGAAUUCCACAAGGAUCAUUCAUCAGUGAUAGAGGCUUGAUCAUAUUUAGGAUUAAGCCUGGACUUUCAAUGAAACCAAUUCAGUUCUGGUAAUUGUUUUUGAAAGGUGACAGUGAAUGCAGAGAUAAUAUUUAACAAUAAAAAAAAUCACAUUCA